GCAUAAGGUCAGUUGGCAGAGUCUCACUUUUUAUACAGAAGAUUGCAGGGUGCUAUGAUGCACGAUAAAAUAUUUAAUAAGUAACGCAGCUCAACAUACAAAGACCUACUGCACUGUGGUGUAUUCUAUUACUGUACUUAUCCAUCUACUGUAAAGUUCAACUUAAGAGCCUUGAUCAGAACCGCAAGGGGGGCCGACUAUUAAGACCAGCCUCCUUGUUUUGCACCAGAUGUCCCUGGGAGAGCCAGAGCAGUGGCUGAAGGUAGAGCAGAGUGAGCAUUUUUGUUGUCGUGAUGGCCAGGUGGAGUGUGUGGCGCAGCCCAGUGAUGAUGCCCCUGUUCUGGAUAGGAGAGCUGACAACAACAGGUGUGCGCUGCAGCAGCAGUAUGCCGGUGGUCAGACAGGCGUACUCAGACAGCAGCAGCGUUGUCAGGCCUUUCAGUGAGAUUCCUGGACUGUGGAAGAAUGGGGUGGCCAACUUGUACAAUUUUUGGAAACUGGAUGGCUUCAGAAAUCUUCACCGCAUCAUGUUGCAGAACUUCAACACGUUUGGACCCAUUUACAGAGAAAAAGUAGGUUAUUAUGAAAGUGUAAAUAUCAUCAAUCCUGAAGAUGCUGCUAUCCUGUUCAAAGCGGAGGGCCAUUAUCCUAAAAGGCUGAGAGUUGAAGCCUGGACAUCUUACAGAGACUACAGGAAUCGCAAAUAUGGAGUUUUACUAAAGGAUGGAGAAGACUGGAGAUCAAACCGUGUGAUUCUCAACAAGGAGGUGAUUUCCCCGAAGAUGCUGGAAAACUUUGUGCCUUUGCUGGACGACGUGGGCCAGGAUUUUGUGGCCAGAGUUCACAAAAAGAUAAAGCGAAGUGGCCAGAAACAGUGGACCACUGACCUCUCUCAAGAACUCUUUAAAUAUGCACUAGAGUCGGUGAGCUCAGUGCUGUAUGGAGAGCGUCUGGGUUUGAUGCUGGACUACAUCGACCCUGAAGCUCAACAUUUCAUUGACUGCAUCACCCUCAUGUUCAAGACUACCUCACCCAUGCUGUACAUACCUCCUGCUCUGUUGAGGCAGAUUGGAGCAAAGGUGUGGCGGGACCAUGUGGAGGCUUGGGAUGGGAUAUUCAGCCAAGCGGACCGCUGCAUCCACAACAUCUACAGGAAGUUACGUCAGGAAGCUGGCGCUCCAAAGAAAUACCCAGGAGUCCUGGCUAGCCUGCUCAUGCUGGACAAGCUGUCCAUUGAAGACAUCAAGGCCAGCAUCACUGAGCUAAUGGCUGGAGGAGUAGAUACAACUUCUAUCACACUGCUGUGGACAUUGUAUGAACUAGCUAGGCACCCCAACCUCCAGGAGGAGCUGAGGGCAGAGGUGGCUGCAGCUCGGGCUGAAAGCCAGGGAGACAUGCUGGAGAUGCUGAAGCGGAUUCCAUUGGUCAAAGGAGCUUUAAAGGAAACACUGAGGUUACACCCAGUUGCAGUGAGCUUGCAAAGAUACAUAGCAGAAGAUAUCAUUAUUCAAAACUACCACAUCCCAGCUGGGACUCUGGUCCAAUUAGGACUGUAUCCAAUGGGCAGAGACCCCAAAGUGUUUUUCCGUCCGGAGCAGUAUCAGCCCUCCCGCUGGCUGAGGACAGAGACACACUACUUCAGGAGCCUGGGCUUCGGCUUCGGCCCCCGUCAAUGCUUAGGACGCAGAAUAGCUGAGGCAGAGAUGCAAAUCUUCCUGAUCCAUAUGCUUGAGAACUUCAGAGUGGAGAAACAGCGCCAUGUGGAAGUGCAGAGUACCUUUGAGCUCAUUCUCUUACCAGAGAAACCUAUAAUAUUGACUUUGAAGCCUCUACCUACUAGUCGGUAACAGCAUUUGAGAGAAAAAUUGUGGUGCAUGAUAAGCCAAGCUCAUUUCUAUAGACCUUUAUCACAGUUAAUUGUAAAGGGAUUCACAAAGCACCGCAAUAUAAACACUAAAUAAAAUAUAUAUGUAUUGUAUAUUACAUAGUGAGUAAUAUGAACAAUGUUUGAAAAUUUGUACUCGUAAAAAUAUC